AUGGUUCAUUCUAUUUUGAUUCAGUUUAUUGUAUCAAAAUUACUGUUUUGGUACUUCCCAUCUUACUCUAAAAAAUUCAAAAAUCUUGAAGAGAAAGGAUUGGGAACACCAACCCAUGCUGCUCCUGAAGGAAGCCAAGAUAGAUGUACUUUUGCUGGUGACGUUUAUUCAUUUGUUGUAACUACUUGGGAAAUGUUUUAUCAAGAAGAGUCCUACAAAAAUUUCAAAACAUUACCUGAAACUAAAGACUAUAUUAAUAGUGGUAAAUGUUUAGAGUCUGAUGAAAAGAUAAGAGGUGAUUAA